AAGAAUCUGGAGGGAUACGUGGGCUUUGCUAGCCUCCCCAACCAAGUGUACAGAAAGUCUGUCAAACGGGGCUUUGAGUUCACUCUGAUGGUUGUGGGAGAGUCUGGUUUGGGCAAGUCCACGCUAAUCAAUUCUCUGUUCCUAACGGAUCUGUACUCUGGAGAAUACCCUGGACCUUCGCAUAGAAUCAAGAAGACUGUUCAGGUUGAGCAAUCCAAAGUGUUGAUGAAGGAGGGCGGCGUCCAGCUUCUGCUCACGAUAGUGGACACUCCAGGAUUUGGAGACGCUGUGGACAACAGCAACUGCUGGCAGCCGGUCAUUGAUCACAUCGACAGUAAGUUUGAGGAUUAUCUUAACGCUGAGUCACGUGUAAACAGACGACAGAUGCCUGACAGCAGAGUGCACUGCUGCCUGUAUUUCAUCGCACCCUCAGGACAUGGACUGAAACCUCUGGACAUCGAGUUCAUGAAACGGUUGCAUGAGAAGGUCAACAUCAUCCCAAUGAUUGCCAAAGCAGAUACCCUCACCCCUGAAGAAUGCCAACAGUUCAAGAAACAGAUCAUGCGAGAAAUCCUGGAGCACAAGAUCAAAAUCUACGAGUUUCCAGAGACGGAUGAUGAGGAAGAGAACAAGAUAGUGAAAAAAAUCAAAGAUCGGUUGCCCCUGGCUGUGGUCGGAAGCAACACUAUCAUUGAGGUGAACGACAAGAAGGUUAGAGGAAGGCAGUACCCAUGGGGAGUGGCAGAAGUUGAAAAUGGAGAUCACUGUGAUUUCACACUCUUAAGGAAUAUGCUCAUCAGAACCCACAUGCAGGACCUCAAGGACGUAACAAAUAAUGUCCAUUAUGAGAACUACAGAAGCAGGAAGUUGGCGGCUGUUACCUGUAAUGGAAUUGACAACAACAAAACCAAAGGCCAGCUCACCAAAAUUGACACAGUUGAAGGCAUGAGCCCCCUUGCUCAGAUGGAGGAGGAGAGACGGGAGCAUGUGACCAAGAUGAAGAAGAUGGAGAUGGAGAUGGAGCAGGUGUUUGAGAUGAAAGUAAAGGAGAAGAUCCAAAAGCUGAAAGAUUCAGAGGCAGAGCUUCAGCGGCGUCAUGAGCAGAUGAGGAAGAACCUGGAGGCUCAGCAUAAAGAGUUGGAGGAGAGAAGACAUCAGUUUGAGGAGGAGAGAGUUAACUGGGAGACCCAGCAGCGUAUUCUGGAGCAGCAGAAAAUGAGUUUGGAAAAGAACAAGAAGAAAGGGAAGAUCUUUUAAAAGCAUUUUUAUGAUGAGCAGGUUGUUCUCAUUGGCCAAUCCCCCCUGACCUGAUAUCUGUGUAGCCUUCAGUCAGACUCGGAACUGUCUGUGCGUUCUGCUGGAGGUUUUCAAGCUGUUUGUGGACUUCCACAAAAGAGUUUACCUUCAUGAAACUCUGAGGCAAGCCAAACCCAUACAAAUCUAAAAAAUCAAUACUGAACUCUGUUGAUAACACAUUUAUUACUUAACACCUGAUGUCCACAGUUUAAUACAAAGAAAUGUCUAACUGAUGAACUAUAUUUUGGAAAUAAAUUGUUUACUUAUAAACGUGAAACUCCAUAACUGAAGUGUUGUAUGAGAAAAUGUGACUGCGUGCCCUCUAUUUUUCCCAAAACAUCUAUAUAAACCUGAUGAAUCCUGUUACAUGGCCAAAUCAUACAACCAUAAAUGCACAACAUUUGGAGGGGAUGUGCAAACUUAUUUUUUGCUCGUAUGACUUAUGAUUUUGUUUUUCCUCAUUGCAGAAGUGUUUCCAAAAUAUAAUGUCUGUCCCAUAUCCUUUGACCACCUCCUAUAACUUCAUUAAUGUUAUUUCAGUUAUUUUUAUAUAUGCAAAUAUAAAUAUGUAUACAUACACCAAGACAGCUAAAGUAAUAUUUUUUUGUUUUUUAUUAGAAUACUCAGCAGACUGGUGUCGUAAAAUACACACUCAAAAAAUAUUUUAACCUCUUUUUAAGAUUUACGCAUUUCAAUUUCUUGACAAAAUUCCAUGAAAUUGAAUGGUGUUAUUUUUAACUCAAUUAAAUGAAGAAAACUUAAAAUAUGUAGGUUUUUGAAAUUGUAUUAUGUUAAAGAUUACUCAAUUACAUUUUUAUGGAAUUUUAAAUACAUAAAUCUUAAAAAAAACAUUGAGUGCAUUGACAACAUAAAUAUUCCUCGAACGGUCGUGCUUAUGCAAGAGUUCUAUCAACCUGUUUGUCUGUAUUACCUCACCUGUGCUGUACAGUAUGUUCCAGCUGUUAGGACAAAAUGAAUCCAAAACAAUGUUUGUUUUUUUUGUUUUCUUUUGUUAUUAUCUCCAUCUCUGUAUUUUAUUUUUCAUUUGUAUUGUACAGUCUCUUAAUAAACUUGUGAUGAUACAAGUUGAGCGUAUCCAGAUUGCUAAAAGAUGUAUUGAGUAGUAAGGGAGACCGGGGGUGCUUUCCUUUUAUAACUCACCAUCACUGAAUACUCCAAAUCUAACUUCCACCUUUUGCUAUGAGAAACUUAUAAAUGUGCCAGCAGUAAUAGUAUCAAUAAAAAUAUGUUCACUAAAAAA